UCUUUCCCUGGUCUGGGCCUAAGUGACCAUCUGCACAGUGUCAGGCUCUUCCCUAGCAAUGACAGUGGCCGCUGAUAGAUGAGCUCGCUGAAUGCCACAGUCCUGUUAUCCAUUUCACUGGGAUCUGGACAGCGCUGGAGAAAGCAGAGUGCCAGACUCAGGCCUCUCUCCCAGCCCCUGCCUGUCAGCAUCAGUGGGUACCUGUGGUCUGACUCCCCAAGGCUGUUAUUCAGAAUGGGGUUUAUCUAUCACCCACCACCUGUCCCGAGAAUGGAGACUAGUUUAGUGCGGAUGCAAGCAGCUUAGCUGACCCAUCCAGCCCGGUCAUAUGUGAGAAACUCAGCACGCACCUGGCUGAGUCAGGCUAACCCUGUGAAAUUCUCACCAGUGUUUCAUACAUUUUAAACCAAACCUGAAACACUCUCAGCAGUGUUUCUUCUCGCCCCAGGGAAUUCUGGGGAAACGGUCUCACCUGCAAGCCCAGCCCUCAUUUCCCCUCACUUGGUCACUGGCCAUCACUGUGGCAGCCUUCUCAGUAAGUGCCUAGAUAGAAUCCCACAAGGCAGUACAUACAGAGGGUAGAGGCGAGCCCUGCCCGCAUGGAAGAGCUGGUUAAUCCCCAAACUACCCUUCUUUCUCCGCAAACUCUAUGGAGUUCCUUUUGACCUUCAGGGCAAAGGCCAGUCCUUGAGCAGGCCCCCACUUCCUAGACAAAGAGGUUGCGGGUCCCUUAGGGUGCUGGGAGGUAGCAAGAGAUCCCUGCUCUCACACUGUUGCCCCUUUCUUCCUUGCCUUUUCUUUUUUCUCUCACUUGAUCUUUUUCUAUUUUUUAUCUCUCAUUUUAUUCACCAAUUUUGGAUCAUUUUCCAAGCUAAAGAAAAAUGCAACUGAAAAAAUUGUUCCACCCGUCUCUGUGUAACAACUCUGGCUGUCCUGAAAUUCACUCUGUAGACAAGACUGGCCUCAAAUGCCCGGAGAGCCACCUGCCUCUGCCUCCCCAGUGCUGGGAGUGAAGGCGUGCACCACCACACCCAUGGCCCCGUCCUUCUUAUUUAUUUGUUUAUUUAUUUUUAUUUUUAUGUGAAUUGGUGUUUUGUCAUGGGUGCCAGAUCUCCUGGAACUGGAGUUUAUACAGUUGUGAGCUGCAUGUGGGUGCUAGGAAUUGAACCCAGGUUCUCUGGAAGAGCAGCCAGUGCUCUUAACCAAUGAGCCAUCUCUCCCUCCACCCCCACUUUCUUAUUUUGCCACCUACCUCUGUUCCCAGACAAUUGACAGGCCUCUGAGCCUACACUUUCUACCUUGUGUAGGUUUUAGCUAUUUUUUUUUUAAUUUCUCUAAAGCAAAUAUCACUUCUUCCCUCAUUCCCAAAGCUAUGGCCUUUAUUGGGUCCUCCCUUGCCUUUGUUUCCAUUCCUGCUCACUGUUCUACUCUGGCCAGUCUUCCUUACCAAAGUCUUCUAGCUACUGUAUCUUUCCACAUCUUGGUCUUUGCAGCCACUCCUGGAGGCCCUGCUAGACAGAUUAGGGGCUAUGUGGAUUGAAAGGCUGGGGGAAGAAAUAAGCAUUGUCCAGGAAGUUCAAGCCCUGGAUAAAGAACCUAUGGAGACUGGGGAGGACACACCGAGUAAUAAGACUCCGUCUGAGAUGGGAGGUUGGGAUGGCAUCAGAGACCACAGUGGCAUGGUCCUCUGAGUCCUUGGAAACAACAGCAUCCCUUGGGAAUGUGCUAGAUAUGCAGACUUGUCCUACCUACCAACCCAAGCCUGUAAUCCUAGCUACUGAGGAGGCUGAGAUCAUAACCUGCUAGGGAUACAGAGUGAGUUCAAGGCCGCCCUGGGCGACACAACGAGACCUAGUCUCAAAAUAAGCAGUGAAAAGGGGCUCAGUGGAAUGCUGGCAUAGCACACACAAGGCCCUAAAUUCAAUUCCCAACACUACAAAACAGAUAACCCAGACAGACUGCAGGCUCCAGGACAGACCAAAAAUCAGAAACCACAGGGGAGGAUCCCAGGGGGCUGUAGUUCCUAGAAUUCUCCAGGUGGUUCCAAAGCCCAACAAACUUUGAAAACAAACCAGCCAAGAUGGACAGGAGUGGUGGUGCACGCCUUUAUUCCUAGCCCUCAGGAGGCAGAGGCAGGUAGAUCUCUGAGUUCAAGCUCAGAGUGAGUUCCAGGACAGUCAGGACUGUUACACAGAGAAGCCCUGUCUUGAAAACCAAAACUAAAAACCAAAACAAAGCAAAAAAGAAAAAAGAAAGAAGGAAGGAAAGGAAGUAAAGAAAGAAAGAAAAAGAAAACUAACAAUCGCUGGUGUGGAUUAAGGACCAGGCUAGCUAGUGCAAUUGGAAACACAAGGGCUGUCGAACCAGACUUCUGGGUUUACAGCUAUGCUCUGAAGUGGAAUGGCCAAGUGUUCUAAGACUCAGCAAAACCACCUCUUUGGGUCCCCAUCCCCCACCCCGUUCCAUCAUGAGGAUUUGCCCAGGUCUUUCAUGUGCCUAAGAAUCCCUAGAGCGCUUUUGAAAAAGAAAGACGGCUUUUGACUUCUCUCUUCAGAAAAUCAAUUCUGUAGGCUGGAUAAGGUUUAAGAAUCUGUAUUUCAAAAUCAGCCCCAAGUGGUGCUGAUGUGGGUGGUUUAAGCAUCACUCUGACAGUCCUGAUGUAAAGGGCCUUGGGUGAUGCCAUUUGUGUGCCAGAUACUGGGUGGAGCAGAAGCUAUGUGUGCACUUGGAACCAGCUGCAUGCACUGGCCCAAGGAGCUCCUGCUUUGGGGGCUUUGGGGCUGACCUGAAAGCACUGUAGAAAGGGCAGCUAUGUGAACAGUCAGCACAUGAAGAUCUGGGUCAAAGGCUAAGGCGUGGUCCUUUCAUGGGAAGGGUCGGGAGAACCAGCUCCCUAUUUCCUUGCUGGUGUAAGUGUAUCCCCAGCGAUAAAAUCUGGGUUUGUAAGUAAAUGGAUCGGGCCUGAAAUGAUAGGGUCUGGCUUCAAAGGUGAUUUUGCUCAGGUGGCAAAUGGGAGCUUAGGAUCCUCCGUCAACCUCCUCGGUGACACAGUUUGGGCAUAUGGUGUAGCAGAGACCAAUUCCUUUUCGCAGAAAACACUCUUUCUACCCCUCUGGAACCUGAUCCUCUCUCCAUCCAGCCUGGCUAGCAACCUGACCAAGAGACUUGACCUAGACUUGCUGCUGAUUGGCAGGAUAACACCUAGGUGCUAUUCCCCCGGUGGCCACCAGGGGCCUCUGAGGCACUCACAGACCUUUGUCAAUCAGACUUAACUCUUUGCCCCGCCCUCCUUUCCUCAACCUUGGAGCUGCCUCAGCACUGUCCAGCCUGGAGGUGACCCUGGUGCCAGGAAUCUAAGCUCCGUGGAAGGAGAGGAGCCCCUUCUUCCCGGGGUUGUGGCUAUGAUCUCAGUGUCAGCUGGGAGCCACGCCUCCAGUGGCAAAUGCCGUUCUGAUUUCUCUCUCCUCCCCAACCUUGAGACGGCCAACCUGAAGCUGAAAUGGGCCCUCCUCUCGUUCCCCACCCCUCGUCCUCACUGGUAGUGCUGGGAACACAGGUCAUAGCUUGGGAAUGUGGCCCUGGUUGGAGGGAGGGGAUGAGGGAGAAGGACUUGCAGCCACAGCUCAACCUUGUCUGUACCGCUCUUUCCAAGCCCCUUCCCCACUCGCGGGGUGCAAAUGGGUGCGGCGAGGACUGACCGUUGAUGGGGAGCAGGCCUCACUUUUCUUGUUAUGGACCCUGGUGGGCUGAUGGGUGAAAGGCAAGUUACCGGCAGGGCCCAGUAGAGCCCAUGGUUGAGCGGAUGCAGGACUGUGUCCUGAAGCACCUGCUCUCCCAGAUUCGCCUAGUGCAGGACCUGGGAGGCAACAGCCACGUGAUCUGUUUCCUUAGGUUGACAGGGGACAAAUCUGGGAAGGAAGGCCAAUGCCCUGCCAGUUCUUUGGUUCUCUGUGUCUGAGAGAGCUGGCUGUGGGGUUUAAGUUCUAGUCAUGCAGUCUCAUGUCAAGUCUUGUUGGUUUGGGCUAAGCAGGGGGUAGCAUAGAGUCAUUUACUUUUGGCACUUCUUAUGGUGGGUCAGUCAACACUUAUGGCCCAGGCAAGGCUACUAAAUGCCGCAGUGCGGGGUCAUCCUACCUCUAUCCCCCCCUGAGGGCUGGGGUCCCCACACCUGGAGUCCAAGCCCUACGGAAGUGCUCAGCUCUUGUCAGUGUCCCAAGCUGUAAUGAGAAGAAAGGCAGACGCUGGCUGCUUGGAAUGAGCAGUGGCUAAAUUCAGCUGGGCUGGACUCCGCCCCUCCCCCUGUUCCUAUGCCGCAGCUCCUGGGGCUGCUCCCUGUGGUCUCGGCAGGCACCACCUUCCCAACUAGCGCCUGCCUGCUGCCCAGCCUCUCGCUGGCCACCCCCACCUCCUCCUUCCCCCUCCUAGGCUCUCUUCCCCUCCCCCAGGGCCGGCUCAGUGCGGGGCCUCCACUGGGUCAGCGAGUGAGUGGGGCUGGGCAGGCUGAACGCCUGCUCCCUGGGGAGCUAAGGCCAGUGGGCCGUGGGCAGGAGGGCCUGGUGCCAGGGCAGAAGCUUAAGGAAGGUACAGGCCGGGGUCCGUGUGCAAAGUCUCAGGGUGGGUCCACAUCCCCUUUCAGCAGCCCCAUCACCUCUGAUGAAGAGUACCUGAGCCCCCCAGAAGAGUUCCCAGAGCCUGAGGAGACCUGGCCCCGAACCCCUACCAUGAAGCUCAGUCCUAGCCAGGAUGGCGAUUCUUCUGACUCCAAGGCACCCCCAACCUUCAAGGUCUCACUCAUGGACCAAUCAGUUAGAGAAGGGCAAGAUGUCAUUAUGAGCAUCCGAGUGCAGGGGGAGCCCAAGCCUGUGGUCUCCUGGCUAAGGAAUCGCCAGCCUGUGCGCCCAGACCAGCGGCGCUUUGCAGAGGAGGCCGAGGGUGGUCUCUGCCGCUUGCGGAUCCUGGCUGCUGAGCGGGGUGACGCUGGCUUCUACACUUGCAAGGCAGUCAAUGAGUACGGAGCUCGGCAGUGUGAGGCCCGCCUAGAGGUCCGAGCACACCCUGAAAGCCGGUCCCUGGCCGUGCUGGCCCCCCUGCAGGACGUGGACGUGGGGGCCGGGGAGAUGGCGCUGUUUGAGUGCCUGGUGGCAGGUCCAACCGACGUGGAGGUGGACUGGCUGUGCCGCGGCCGCCUGCUGCAGCCUGCGCUGCUCAAAUGCAAGAUGCAUUUUGAUGGCCGCAAAUGCAAGCUGCUGCUCACCUCUGUGCAUGAAGACGACAGUGGUGUCUACACGUGCAAGCUGAGCACAGCCAAAGAUGAGCUGACCUGCAGUGCCCGGCUGACGGUCCGGCCAUCGCUGGCGCCUCUGUUCACCCGGUUGCUGGAAGAUGCAGAGGUGCUGGAAGGCCGUGCUGCCCGCUUGGAUUGCAAGAUCAGCGGCACCCCACCUCCCUCCGUUACCUGGACUCAUUUUGGCCACCCUGUGAUUGAGAGCGAGAACCUGCGGCUGCGACAGGAUGGGGGACUGCAUUCACUGCACAUUGCCCGGGUGGGAAGUGAAGACGAGGGACUUUAUGAAGUCAGUGCCACCAACACGCACGGCCAGGCCCACUGCUCUGCCCAGCUGUAUGUGGAGGAACCUCGGACAGCCGCCUCUGGCCCCAGCUCAAAGUUGGAGAAGAUGCCGUCCAUCCCUGAGGAGCCAGAGCACGGGGAUCUGGAGAGGCUGUCUAUUCCAGACUUCCUGCGGCCACUGCAGGAUCUGGAAGUGGGACUAGCUAAAGAGGCCAUGCUGGAGUGCCAAGUGACCGGCCUGCCCUAUCCUACCAUCAGCUGGUUCCACAACGGUCACCGAAUUCAAAGCAGUGAUGACCGGCGCAUGACACAGUACAGGGAUAUACAUCGCCUAGUGUUCCCAGCUGUGGGGCCUCAGCACGCUGGUGUCUACAAGAGCGUCAUCGCCAACAAGCUGGGCAAAGCUGCCUGCUACGCUCACCUCUAUGUCACAGAUGUGGUUCCAGGCCCCCCAGAUGGCGCUCCGCAGGUAGUGGCUGUGACAGGAAAGAUGGUGACGCUCACGUGGAACCCACCCAGGAGUCUGGACAUGGCUAUUGACCCAGAUUCCCUGACAUACACUGUGCAGCACCAGGUGUUGGGCUCAGACCAGUGGACAGCACUGGUCACGGGCCUGCGGGAGCCUGAGUGGGCAGCCACAGGGCUGAAGAAGGGGCUCCAGCACAUCUUCCGGGUCCUCAGCACCAGCGGCAAGAGCAGCAGCAAGCCCUCAGCACCGUCGGAGCCCGUGCAGCUGUUAGAGCAUGGCCCACCCCUGGAAGAGGCUCCAUCCGUGCUGGACAAACCAGACAUUGUGUAUGUGGUAGAGGGCCAGCCUGCUUGUGUCACCGUCACCUUCAACCAUGUGGAGGCCCAGGUUGUCUGGCGGAGCUGCCGAGGAGCCCUUCUAGAGGCACGCACAGGCGUGUACGAACUGAGGCAGCCAGACGACGACCAGUACUGUCUUCAGAUCUGCCGGGUGAGCCGCCGAGACCUAGGGUCCCUCACCUGCACUGCCCGAAACCGCCAUGGCACAAAGGCCUGCUCAGUCACCCUGGAGCUGGCAGAGGCCCCUCGGUUUGAGUCCAUCAUGGAAGAUGUGGAGGUGGGACCUGGAGAAACAGCCCGCUUUGCUGUGGUGGUUGAGGGGAAACCACUGCCAGACAUCAUGUGGUACAAGGAUGAGGUGCUGCUGACCGAUAGCAACCACGUGAGCUUCGUGUAUGAGGAGAACGAGUGUUCUCUGGUGGUGCUCAGCGCAGGAACCGAGGAUGGAGGCGUUUAUACCUGCACAGCUCGGAACCUGGCGGGCGAAGUCUCCUGCAAGGCAGAGUUGUCUGUGCAUUCAGCUCAGACAGCUAUGGAGGUCGAGGGGGUCGGAGAGGAUGAGGAGCACCGAGGUAGAAGGCUUAGCGACUACUACGACAUCCACCAAGAGAUUGGCAGGGGUGCCUUCUCCUACCUGCGGCGUGUGGUGGAACGGAGCUCUGGCCUGGAGUUUGCAGCCAAGUUCAUCCCUAGCCAGGCUAAGCCCAAGGCAUCAGCAAGACGUGAAGCCCGGUUACUGGCCCGACUCCAGCAUGACUGUGUGCUCUACUUCCACGAAGCCUUCGAGAGGCGCCGGGGACUUGUCAUUGUCACUGAGCUGUGCACAGAAGAGCUUCUAGAACGCAUGGCCAGGAAGCCCACCGUGUGUGAGUCUGAGGCCCGGGCCUAUAUGCGUCAAGUGCUGGAAGGGAUAGGCUACCUGCACCAGAGCCACGUGCUGCACCUGGAUGUCAAGCCGGAGAACCUGCUGGUCUGGGACGGUGCAGGGGGCGAAGAGCAGGUGCGCAUCUGUGACUUUGGGAAUGCCCAGGAACUCACUCCAGGGGAGCCCCAGUAUUGUCAGUAUGGCACUCCAGAGUUUGUAGCACCCGAGAUUGUCAACCAGAGCCCUGUGUCUGGAGUCACCGACAUCUGGCCUGUGGGUGUCGUUGCCUUCCUCUGUUUGACGGGCAUCUCCCCAUUUGUGGGAGAGAACGAUCGGACCACUCUGAUGAACAUCCGCAACUACAACGUGGCCUUUGAGGAGACCACAUUCCUGAGUCUGAGCAGGGAGGCGCGGGGCUUUCUCAUCAAAGUGCUGGUUCAGGACCGGCUGAGACCUACUGCAGAAGAGACACUGGAACAUCCUUGGUUCAAAACACAAGCAAAGGGUGCAGAGGUGAGCACGGACCACCUGAAGCUCUUUCUGUCACGGAGGAUGUGGCAGCGCUCCCAGAUCAGCUACAAGUGCCAUCUGGUGCUACGCCCCAUUCCGGAGCUGCUGCGGGCUCCCCCGGAGCGGGUGUGGGUGGCCAUGCCUAGAAGACCACCCGCGAGUGGGGGACUCUCAUCUUCAUCAGACUCGGAAGAGGAAGAAUUGGAAGAACUUCCCUCGGUGCCCCGACCCCUGCAGCCCGAGUUCUCAGGUUCUCGGGUGUCCCUCACUGACAUCCCCACUGAAGAUGAGGCUCUGGGGACCCCGGACGCUGGGGCUGUCACCCCCAUGGACUGGCAAGAACAGGGAAGGGCUUCCUCUAAGGACCAGGAGGCCCCCAGCCCUGAGGCACUCCCCUCUCCAGGCCAGGAGCCCCCAGAUGGGCCUAGCUCCAGGCGGCCCGAGCUCCGUAGGGGCAGCUCUGCUGAGAGCGCCCUGCCCCGGGUCGGGUCGCGGGAGCCGGGCCGGAGCCUGCACAAGGCGGCUUCUGUGGAGCUGCCUCAGCGUAGGAGCCCCAGCCCGGGUGCCACCCGCCUGACUCGGGGAGGCCUGGGUGAGGGCGAGUACGCCCAGAGGCUGCAGGCCCUGCGUCAACGGUUGUUACGGGGAGGUCCCGAGGAUGGCAAGGUCAGCGGCCUCAGGGGUCCCCUGCUGGAGAGCCUAGGGGGCAGAGCACGGGAUCCUAGGAUGGCGCGGGCUGCCUCCAGCGAGGCUGCACCCCACCACCAGCACCCUCCCGAGUCUCGGGGCCUGCAAAAGAGCAGCAGCUUCUCUCAGGGUGAGGCAGAGCCCCGAGGUCGGCACCGCCGCGCAGGGGCACCCCUUGAAAUCCCGGUAGCCAGGCUUGGGGCUCGCAGACUGCAGGAGUCUCCCUCUUUGUCUGCCCUUAGCGAGGCCCAGCCACCCAGCCCUGCAAGGCCCAGCGUCGCCAAACCCAGUAUCACCAAGUCCCCGGAACCUCCCGCUGCUGCACCCAGAGACUCUCCCCAGCCCCCUGCACCUCAGCCUGCCCCAGAGAAGGUUCCAGAGCCCAAACCAGAGCCAGCCCGAGCUGCCAAACCAGCACAGCCCACUUUGGCUCUGCAAAUGCCAGCGCAGCCUCUCACCCCCUAUGCUCAGAUCAUGCAGUCGCUCCAACUGUCUAGUCCCACCCAGUCCACAGAGGGCUCCGCUGUGCUUCCAUCAGAGCCCAAGCCCCAUGCGGCUGUGUUUGCCAGGGUGGCCUCCCCACCUCCCGGAGCCUCCAAUAAGCGCGUGCCUUCGGUCAGAACUCCCCCAGUGCUGGCCGAGAAAGCUCGAGUCCCCACGGUGCCCCCCAGGCCAGGCAGUAGCCUCGGUAGCAGCAUCGAGAACCUGGAAUCAGAGGCUGUGUUCGAGGCUAAGUUCAAGCGCAGCCGGGAAUCGCCACUGUCACGGGGCCUGCGGCUACUGAGCCGCUCGCGCUCAGAGGAGCGCGGUCCCUUCCGUGGGGCAGAGGACGAUGGCAUCUACCGUCCCAGCCCGGCGGGAACUCCGCUAGAGCUGGUGCGACGGCCAGAGCGCUCGCGCUCUGUGCAGGACCUCAGGGUAGCGGGGGAGCCGGGUCUCGUACGCCGCCUUUCGCUGUCCCUGUCGCAGAAGCUGAGGAGGACCCCGCCCGGACAACGACACCCAGCCUGGGAGUCCCGCAGUGGAGACGGGGAGAGCUCUGAGGGUGGUAGCUCUGCACGGGGCUCCCCAGUGCUGGCGGUGCGCAGGAGACUCAGCUCCACGCUGGAGCGGCUAUCCAGUCGUUUGCAGCGCAGCGGCAGCAGCGAGGACUCCGGGGGCGCCUCGGGUCGCAGCACACCGUUGUUUGGACGGCUGCGCAGGGCUACUUCGGAAGGGGAGAGCCUGCGACGCCUCGGUGUUCCACACAAUCAACUGGCCUCUCAGGCUGGUGCCACCACACCUUCCGCUGAGUCUCUGGGCUCAGAGGCCAGCGGCACAUCGGGUUCCUCAGCUCCAGGGGAGAGCCGAAGCCGGCACCGAUGGGGCCUUUCCAGGCUGCGCAAGAACAAGGGCUUAUCGCAGCCAAACCUCUCCGCCAGUGUCCAAGAGGACUUAGGUCACCAAUAUGUGCCCAGUGAAUCAGAUUUCCCCCCAGUCUUCCACAUUAAACUCAAGGACCAGGUGCUGCUGGAGGGGGAAGCAGCCACCCUGCUCUGCCUACCGGCAGGCUGCCCAGCACCCCGUAUCUCCUGGAUGAAAGAUAAGCAGUCCCUGAGGUCAGAGCCCUCAGUGGUCAUUGUGUCCUGCAAAGAUGGACGGCAGCUGCUGAGCAUACCCCGGGCUGGCAAGCGGCAUGCUGGGCUCUAUGAGUGCUCGGCUACCAAUGUCUUGGGCAGCAUUACCAGCUCCUGUACUGUGUCUGUGGCCCGCAUCCCAGGAAAGCUAGCUCCUCCGGAGGUGCCCCAGACCUACCAUGAUACAGCGCUGGUGCUGUGGAAGCCAGGAGACAGCCGGGCACCUUGCACAUACACUCUGGAGCGGCGGGUAGAUGGGGAGUCUGUCUGGCACUCCGUAAGCUCAGGCAUCCUCGACUGUUACUACAAUGUGACACACCUGCCUGUCGGUGUGACUGUGAGGUUCCGCGUGGCCUGUUCCAACCGUGCUGGGCAGGGGCCCUUCAGCAACCCUUCUGAGAAGGUCCUCAUCAGAGGUCCUCAAGAUUCUUCGGCUCAGCCAGCUGCUGCUCCCCAAGAUGCCCCUGUUACCUCAGGGCCAGCCAGGGCCCCACCUUCUGACUCUCCUACCUCACUAGCCCUCACCCCAGCUCUUGCUCCCCCAGGUCCCCAGGCAGUCACUCUCAGCUCCUCAGUGUCCCCCAUGUCCACUAGCCAGGCCUUGUCCUCACUCAAGGCCAUGGGUCCACCACCCCCGACCCCUCCACGAAAGCACAGGGGUCUGCUGGCUGCCCAGCAAGCAGAGUCCACCCCACCCAGUAUUCAGGUCACCCCAAGUGAACCCAAGUCUUUUGUCCCUGACACUGGAACCCUGACCCCAACCUCUACUCCACAAGGGGUUAAACCAGCGCCUUCCUCAUCUUCCUUGUAUAUGGUGACUUCCUUUGUGUCCGCACCUCCAGCCCCUGAGCCCCCAGCCCCUGAGCCCCCUCCUGAGUCCACCAAGGUGACUGUGCGGAGCCUCAGCCCAGCCAAGGAGGUGGUCAGCUCCUCCACACCUGAGAGCACCACUCUUCGACAGGGCCCCCCUCAGAAACCCUACACCUUCCUAGAGGAGAAGGCCAGGGGCCGCUUCGGUGUUGUGCGAUCCUGCCGGGAGAAUGCUACGGGCCGAACGUUCGUUGCCAAGAUCGUGCCAUACGCAGCAGAGGGCAAACAUCGGGUGCUGCAAGAAUAUGAGGUGCUGCGGACGCUGCACCAUGAACGGCUCAUGUCCCUGCAUGAGGCCUACAUCACCCCUCGGUACCUUGUGCUUAUUGCUGAGAGCUGUGGCAACCGAGAACUCCUCUGUGGGCUCAGUGACAGAUUCCGGUAUUCAGAAGAUGAUGUGGCCACCUACGUGGUGCAGCUGCUACAAGGUCUGGACUACCUCCACGGCCACCAUGUGCUACACCUGGACAUCAAGCCAGACAAUCUGCUGCUGGCCGCUGACAAUGCCCUUAAGAUUGUGGACUUUGGCAGUGCCCAGCCCUACAACCCUCAGGCCCUGAAGCCCCUUGGCCACCGCACAGGCACUCUGGAGUUCAUGGCUCCUGAGAUGGUGAAGGGAGACCCCAUUGGCUCUGCCACGGACAUCUGGGGAGCGGGUGUGCUCACCUACAUCAUGCUCAGUGGAUACUCCCCAUUCUAUGAGCCAGACCCCCAGGAAACAGAGGCUCGGAUUGUGGGGGGUCGCUUUGAUGCCUUCCAGUUGUACCCGAACACAUCCCAGAGUGCCACCCUCUUCUUGCGAAAGGUCCUCUCAGUACAUCCCUGGAGCCGGCCCUCACUACAGGACUGCUUGGCCCACCCAUGGCUGCAAGAUGCCUACCUGAUGAAGCUGCGCCGCCAGACACUCACCUUCACCACCAACCGGCUCAAGGAAUUCUUGGGUGAGCAGCGGCGACGCCGGGCAGAGGCUGCUACCCGUCACAAGGUGCUGCUCCGCUCCUACCCUGGCAGUCCCUAGGUGGCAUGGACCACAGCCCGCCACGGGCUUCAACUCGGGUUCCCACUCAACGCUGCCAAGGGACAUUCCAGAGCCCAUGCUCAGCUGGACAGGCCGGGGGGCUUCAGAUACCAGCAGCAGCAGCAACAUCUGGCUGGGCUAUUACCUCAUGGACCUAAGGGGACAAGGCCCCUGGGGCUUCAGCCGGAUGUCACCCUGGCUAUAAGCAGAGCAGGAGACACACUAGUCAGACCGGGCAAGGGUUAGAAGAGAAAGAGGCAAGAAGGGAGUGGGGAAGUGAGAAGCAGAGGCUGGGGGGAAGGAACUUGAGGAAGGUUCUGGGAUGCGGAGGAAGAGGUGGACCUCAGGGAGUGGCUGAAGAGGAAGGAGGAUCCAGUGAUGUGGAAACAGUGAACUGGGCUGAGUACAGGAGAGAAGGACAGAACAUGGCGGCAGUGCCAGGAGCCAGAGCAGAGAUAAGUGGAAAGGAGGGCGGAGGGCGGGCUCAGGGGUGGCAGGGCAGGCCAGCAACUGAAUCUUCAGAAAGGAAGAAGAAAGGCAAUGAGCUGAGGGCCUAAGGCCACUCAAGCUGGUCUCCUGCCCCAGCGGGUGUGGUUCUGGGCCCUCUACACUGGCCCAGGGAUGUCCCCGCUGCUUCUCCAUGGCCUUUGCCCUUCUUCCUAUUUGUAUUUAUUUAUUUAUUGCCUUUUAUGGAGUUUCCUUUCCAUCCAAUCCCUAUUGCCUAUGUUGUCCUGACCGUCCCCUCAGCCGUCCAGCUGUCUGUGCAGCUCUCUGUCUGUCUGUCACAAGGAAAAUAAAAACAGCAAACGGCAGGA